CAGUAGAUAAUGUUAGUCUUAGUACUGCAAUUACUGGUGACCACUGUAAAGAGUGACAUGGUAUGUGACAGUGACGGUGUUAAAUGUGUUAAAGACCCGGCUAAUUGUGACUCCUCCGCUCCUACUGACUGUAAUUAUCUUCUCAAGUACAAGGCUGCCUCAGCAGACACCACUAAGAUAGAGAUAUCAGGGAAACCCAGUAAGUUCAGCCUGACAUCCUAUCUAGAGAACAUGUGGCUGGUAUUUGGGUUUUCUCCCAGCAGUAGCGGAAUGUCAGGUAUAAAUCUGUAUGCUUGCCAGCUAGUCGGUGGCACUCAGUACGAUGUCAGGAAGUUAAAAACUAAUGGUUAUAGUGGUGUAGACAACGCUGGAUCGGCAAUCGUUGCUAAAGGGGGAAGUGUGAGUGGAAGUAAUCAGGACGACCUAAUGUCAUGUUCAUACGAGAUACUCAACUCAGAACUUCCUACUAGCAAUCAAUAUCUCGUUAAAGCUAUGGGUCCGAUGGCUGGUGAAAACUCCAUGUCAAAGCACAGAAUGACCCCAAAGAGAGGAACCCUGAUGAAACUUCAGCAAGAGUUCAUACCUCCCGUAGAAUGUCCCGUGGGAGAAAAGGAAGUUAACAAUGUUUGCCAGAAAUGUCCAGCGGGAGACUAUCAAGACCUGACAGGGCAAACUUCUUGCAAAACUUGUGACAGUGGUCAUAUCUCUGCUGAAGGAUCUUCAAAGUGCACUGCCUGCAGCGUGGGAGAAAAGGAAGUUAACAAUGAUUGCCAGAAAUGUCCAGCGGGAGACUAUCAAGACCUGACAGGGCAAACUUCUUGCAAAACUUGUGAAGAGAACCAAUUCUCAGCAGAAGCUGGGCAGACGCAGUGUGAGAAGUGUCCAGAUAACACAUUUUCUGAAGAAAAGGCUGAUCAGUGCGUGGAUUGUCCAACAGAAACUGAAACUAGUAUCAGGGACAGUAUGGAAAACAGGAACUUCGGGGAACUCCUUAUUCAAAAAUGCAUAGACGAUAACGAAGAAAGUAAUGAAGGAGAAGGGGAGAAGAAGACGGACAUGAUUGUCGAGACUGUUACAAUAGAAGUGCAUCUAGAGAUAUUGCGACCUGGUUAUUUAUAUUAUCACUCUUUCCAGUUUGGAUGAAUUAAAUAAUGACACCUAUUAUAAGAUGAUUAUUCAUUUUUAGAUAAUAACUGAUUAUUAGUUAUUACUACCGCCUAUAAUUAAUUUCCGUCAAAGCAACUAGUACGGCCGAUGAAUGGUUGCAUCAUGAGGGAAAUUGAAGUUGUUCGUUUCAUUUCGGAUUGGAACCGUUAUUGUUGAAACUUCAAACUGUGCAAUGACACCAAAGGUUGCCACUUUCCAUGUAAAAAACUGUACUGAAUGACCAUCACGUGACCCGGUGUAUAAGUGCAGCAGUUAUUGCUGACGUUAUGUCAUGAUAAACUGUAUUCUAGUAUUUUAGUAUUAUCGUUCAUGUGUGACCUUCAAUGAUCUAUUUGACAUAUUAUCAUCUAUACGAGUGAUUCAAUGCUAUUUACAGAUUUCAAAUAUAAUUUGAAUUUA